GAUCUUCUAAGCACACCAGGAAGUCUUGAGCAUUCGCCCUCUCCUUCCCCAUUGAGUUUUGGUGGCGAAUCUCAGCCACAGGAAAUGUUCUGUUCGAGUACGGUUUCGGGAGAUUCAACAACCCCAUGUUUAAUCGAUUCUAAAAGCAGAGACACAUCACCUAAACGAUUAUGUCUGGUUUGUGGCGAUACUGCUUCCGGUUUUCACUAUGGAGUGGCUUCAUGCGAAGCAUGUAAGGCAUUCUUUAAAAGAACCAUUCAAGGAAACAUAGAGUACACCUGUCCGGCAACCAAUAAUUGCGAAAUAAACAAGCGCAGGAGGAAGGCAUGUCAAGCUUGUCGUUUUCAGAAAUGUCUUCGAAUGGGAAUGCUCAAAGAAGGCGUUCGCCUAGAUCGUGUUCGCGGCGGACGUCAAAAAUAUCGUGCAAGGACAGCUGAAGCUCCUUAUCAAGCAACGAAUUUUGCCUCUAAAAAAUCUACUUUAGAAGAAAAUCGUAUCGUUGCCGCUCUAAUUAAUUGUGAACCUGAGCCAAUGAUAAUCGAAAGUGGUCGUGGAGGUGGUGGAAGUAUAACGGGAAUAUCAAGUCCUGGCUCAGCCUCUAGUUUGGUCGUAUCAUCUUCUCAGUACAAAAAUUUGAGUAUUCUUAGUGAUCUCGUUGAUAAAGAACUCGUUGCAACAAUUGGCUGGGCAAAACAGAUACCUGGCUUCGGUGAUCUGUUGAUAAACGAUCAGAUGCGUUUAUUACAGUCUAGCUGGACAGAAAUUCUCGCACUUUCUCUCGCUUUUAGGUAA